CUCUUUCGCACAUGUCAAUCUCAGCUGUUCUGCCAACAUGGCCACGCUAAGCCGCUCCUCAAGUAGAUUAUUAAAAUUGCAAUUUUCCCCGAUUCUUACGCGUAAUUUAAGUAAUUUCAAAGUGAAUAAAAAUUACAAGAAUGUGUUGACAACAUGUGCAUGUGUUUUGGGUGGUGGGUUCACGUUUUACGCAGUAAAAACCUAUGGAAAUGCAAGCACAGUCUACGCACUCAAAGCAAAGCCGGAUGAACUGGCGAAGUCUGUGAAGUUGACGUCGAGGGAGAGGCGUUUCAUCAAGUUCGCCAGCGUGGAGUAUGGGGGACAGCUGUACAUGACGCCGCAAGACUUCCUCGAGUCCGUGGUCGAGCAGGAGCCCAGGCCUCGGCUGAAGCGACGCGUGUUGACCACGAAGGAGAUCGAGGUGCUGCGCGACCACACGCCUCAACUGAAGAAAGGCUCCCCGCAGAUGUUCAGGAAACUCAAACACGAAGGGAUCAUCUCGUACACGGAAUAUCUGUUUCUUCUUUCAAUAUUAACAAAGCCAGCUUCAGGCUUUCAGAUAGCAUUCAACAUGUUCGACACGGACGGUAACCAAAGAGUAGAUAAGAACGAAUUCCUAGUCAUUCAGCGGUUGCUCGGAGGCGCUUUCAAGGAACGUAAAGAUCUGGACAGCAAAAGCCAGGAGGCACUGCUUUCAUUAGUAUCGACAAGCGCACAAAGGAGCAAGACAGUAGAAACAGAAAGGAAAAUCAUUCAUAGGGCGUCUACAAUGGAGAAGAUCUUUAGUUUCGCGUGGCGCGGCAAGAGAGGCAUGGCUGAGGAUCCUAACGAAGAGGAAAAAGACGGGAAGCCUCAGGACAAUUACGUAAACGACGAUCAAGGGCUGCAGAGGAGGCACAAUGUGGACACAUUGCUGCAGGUUCACUUCUUCGGCAAGAAAGGUACAAACGACCUGAAGUUUGAAGGGUUUAAACAGUUUAUGGAGAACUUGCAGACAGAAGUCUUGGAGCUUGAGUUUCAGGAAUUUGCCAAAGGCCACGAAACAAUAUCAGAAGUGGACUUUGCCAAGAUCCUUCUCCGCUACACGUACCUCGACACGGACGAGUACGACAUGUACCUCGACAGACUGCUCGACAGGGUAAAGGACGAGCGCGGGAUCACCUUCGAGGAGUUCAAGACUUUCUGCCAGUUUUUAAAUAAUCUCGAGGACUUCACUAUAGCUAUGAGGAUGUAUACGCUCGCUGAUCAUCCCAUUUCUAAAGACGAAUUCCACCGCGCCGUGAAGAUCUGCACCGGUAUCUGCCAGUCCAAGCACCUGGUGGACACAGUGUUCGCGAUCUUCGACGCGGACGGCGACGGAUUGCUUAGCUAUAAAGAGUUCAUUGCCAUCAUGAAGGAUCGCCUUCAUAGAGGAUUUAAGUCAUACGCCAAAAACGAAGGAUGGGAAGCAUUCAAGUCGUGCGUUAAACAAGAAAUGAAGAGUGCUGUUUAACUUCUAGAAAAUCUAUAUUUAUUCUCUAAAAUAGAACUCAAUUGUUAUUUAUAAUCUUUUUGCUACUCUGAUUUAAUAGUCAUUGAAGCACUUUAGUCCUUUUACAAUAGUUAAAAAGAAUCUGCAAAAUUUUAUUAUAUUGUGAAAUUAUUAGGCUUAAAAUAACAAGAUAAUUGGCCAGGGACAUAUAAUGUUCUCGACUUUUAAAAAAAUCACUGUAAUUGUUUUAAAUUCGGCCAACUUAUAUUUUUGUGCUAUACAUAACUAGUCUGCUAUAGUUUCACUACGCUAGAGACUUGAUCAAAAUUUUAUUAGAUGUAAGAAUGUUUUCUUAGUCAACUAACAGUGAGAUUUUUACAAGGUUGUUUAUUUAUUUAUUUAAAUUAGCCUCGCUUUAUUAACGUUAAGCCUUGCAUCGUAUAACGGUAUUUGUUUUAAAAAUUACGUAGUAAUUAAAUAAUUUUGUGUUUUUACUAAAAUUGGAUUGAUCGAUGUCCGCGUUUUUCUCUAAAAUACUAUUUACCAAUACCAAAUAUUGCCAAAAAUAAUAUAAGUGAUACUUCUAAAUAUCUAAUACUCAAAAUUCAAGUCUCAUUGCAUCAUUCUAACUAUUGUCACGACCAAACAAAUUAUCGAAUUAUUUAUAUCAUUUGUCAUUAACUUUUAUUAAACAUUAGUUCAAAAGUAGCGACGUCCUCUAUUCAAAUUGUUACUCUGUAGGCUUAUACAGGGUUCCUUGUAUCUAACACAUAACCUUCCAAAGGCGCAUACAGACUGACAUCUUUUGUUCUACGACUUGUCUAAACGUUAUAAAUAAAAUAAAAAAAAUCCUUUUUUUAAGUUUUAAUGUCGUUUCUAUAAUACGUUACCUCUAUGUUCGAUUCCGAUACAUAACGCUACUGUACUGUCUCGUGUAAACUCGUGUUGCUUGGCUAUUACAUAGAGUUAAGGUGUGUAGAAUCGCAAAUGAGAUUGUAUUUUUUGUAAAUGAAAAGAAAAAACUACGAUUUAAGAAAAGUCGUAGAUUAAAAGUUGCUUGUUUUGAUGUACCCAAGUAGUCUUUACGCAAUACUUCGCGUUUGAUACCUGUAACCAUAUAUAACCGGAAUUCUACGAAAUUAACUAUGUUAUACCUUCUAUCGUCUAAGUAUUAUAAAUAAUUAUACUAGGUAUUCGACAAAGAUUAUUUAUUUAGUUCUGGUAAUGUACGAGCAAAUGUAUUAAAGGUAACAACAGCAAAUAUGAUGGAUGACAGAAUUUGUUUUGUAGAAAAAUGCAUCACGCUGGCGCGAGUUUGUCGUCACAGCGCAUGCGCGUAGACAAACUAAAUAAACUUGAUUUGGUAUUUUAAUAGCAUUUGGUAUUGCAAUAGCAAAGAAAGGUCCCGAUUUGGUAUCGCAAUAGUAAAAAAAUGUAGUUCAUUAAAAAUCCUUUUACUGACAGAAUAUAUGCGCAUGCGCCUUUGUUUGGCAGUAUGCUGUCAUAUUUCGAGAUCUAAUUUGUUUCUAAGACGUCAUGACGGUGUUUAUGUAAGUGCAAAAUACUUAAUUGCCUGCUAGUCAUUGAACUUAUCGUACAAAUAUGAUUUGUUAUUAAGAACAUAGUUACCGUUUUAUUAAGUUUGUAUAAUUUUAUAGUAAGUACUCGAAAAUCUUGCUCGCUUUAUGUGAAUAAAAGUCAUAAAAUUA